CCAAGAAACAAAGCCUCAACUCUAUCAGCAAACAUGCAACGCGUACGACCAUCAGCAGCAACAGGUGGCUCAAGCACAGUCACCACAGCUCCCGCUUCACGAGAAGGAUCCACACAACCCGAUCCUCAACUCCCUCCAGCAGGGACGCUGGUGUUGAGGGGAGCGAAUGUAACCAUGGGACGGCGGGUACAGUGGGAUGAGGAUGUUGUUGAUAAUGAGGGAUUAGGGCGGAAGUCGAGUAAAGUGUGUUGUAUCUUCCAUAAGCAGCGUGCGUUCGGUGAAUCCUCCUCGGAAUCCUCAUCAUCAGAUUCUUCGUCAUCAGAAAACUCCGACUCAGAUAAUGACGACGGCGCUGCACGGCCACCACGGCGGACACCGCGUCCACAUCGACAUGAGCACGAACAUAAUCAUGGAGACGACGGUGAGGAUGAUCAUGAUGAGGGUUGCUUACAUGAGCACGAGGGGACAAAUGGAAAGGGCAAGGAGAGGAGACGGAAGAAGCGGGAGUCGAGUCCGAAUGCGUAUGAGAAGAUGCCGAAGUAUAAGCCUAGGGGGAUCGUUCCGGCUUCUGGGUCUGGAUGA